AGUGGACGCCCACACAUGGCUGGUGUAUUAAAAGAGCUGAUUGUGGAGGCAUGCAGUUCAUCACACACCUCUCAGGACCAGAGCAGCUUGGAAAGAGAGAGCAGAGUAAGCACAUUUGUGAGGUCACACACUGAUGUUGGACGAGAAGGCCUGGCUCACAGUCUCCGCUCUAAUUCAUCCCAAAGGUGUUCUAUCGGGUUGAGGUCAGGACUCUGUGCAGGUCUCACUGCAGAAAUGGCAGAAUUUGAAGCGAUUGCUGAAGGAGUUGAAGAAGCGAUAGAAUCAGUGGAGGGAGAAAUUGAGGAAUUACCUGAAGAAACACAAACAAUAAUUAGAAGUGAAAUAGCUGAAACCCGCGCUGCAGUUGAAGAGCUUUCUGCAACAGAGAGCAACCUCAAAAAGUUCCUUUUGACCCUCAAAGAUUGUGUAUUUACAGUGGCCAAGUUUACUGCCCAAAAUGUAAUGAUUGGCACCAUCCUGUGGGGGGUAAAUGUCACCUUAAACAAGCUUUUUCCACACAGUCAGACCGGUCACACGGAAACCCACAAGCGCAUGAGUAAUGUAAUAAAGGCCUUGAGUGAUGUGAUCAGUACUGAAGCCAAAAUAAACCAGAAGGCACUGGACUGGAUGAAGGCCCACAAGGAUGAUACCAUCUUCCUGGAUGGAAUUGAAGUGCCGAUGGAAGCCGUUCUCUCAAAACACCUUAUACCGAUAGUUGAGGCCAGUGAAAAGGCCGAAGCUAUCGCUGACUCCCUUCAAGAAACUGUUGAUGGGAAAAUUCAGUUUAAAUGUCCAACUGCAUACAACAUGAAAAGAUUCAUGGAAAUUACUGAAGUCUUCAUCAAAGCCUUCAAUGAUCUCGUCAUCUUCAUUAAGGAGAAAGAAGAGAAGGUUAAAGAGCUGCAGACCUUUCCGGUGAAAGAGGAAGAUCUUAAGGAUCUCACAGCAAAGCUCUACGUGGCCAUGGCCUUACCUCUGUGGGACGACUGAUGAUUUGAUGAUAAUCAGAAACGGCAGAAGAACCACACAAAGAUCAGCAUCAGUCUGAAGAAAUCAACUGAUUAUCUACUCAGUUUAUCUCAAAUUAACAUUUCACUGACAAUGCUGAUGUUUGCUUUUAAUUAAUACAUCUUUAAUUUCCUUACUUUCCAACAAUCAUUAAAGAAUCAAAUUGUUGAUGAAUUACGUUUCAUGUCCUUAUAAGUUACUGAUUUGAACAUAUUGUGACACCAGUGUUGCUUUAGAUCAGUAAAGAACUCUUGGGUUUUGGCGAGGAACAUCGUUCUUUAUCAAAUAAGGAAAGGCAAAGUUUGUUUUCAUGCAAAUGCAAAGUUUUAAAGUUCAUUAUGAAUCAGUGAACAUUAUUCUUAAGAAUACAGUAAUCCCCCACUAUAUCGCGGU